GAAGUUCAAAUCAACACAUUGACGACUGUUCACAUUUUCUUAUUCUCAGUCUUGCCUGCAGAUAAUGAGGUGAAUGUUUGAAGGGAAAGAUGUUUGAGGAAGUAACAACCAGGACUCCAUCUGUCAUGGACCUUCAUUCAGAUUCACAUAAGCAGACCAUCCUGAGCAAAUUCAACAAGCUCAGGAAAACAGACAUAUUGUGUGAUAUCACUCUCGUCGUGGAAGACAAGCAGUUCAAGGCACACAAAGCCCUGCUGGCGGCGAGCAGCGAGUACUUCUCCCUCAUGUUCACGGCAGGAGACCAGAUCUCAGGUCAGUCUAACUUCAGGCUGGAUGGUAUGGCAGCUAAGAUGUUCGCGGCAGUUCUGGACUUCAUCUACAGCGCUCAGGUGUCUGUGGAGGAGGGCGCCAUGGAACAGCUUCUAGACACAGCUCGUCUCAUGAAGGUCAACGAUCUUGUCAAGGUGCUCACCGAAAUCACACGCUCCGACGCAGCUUUUAGAAGGGAGAAUGGACACAAUCCUAAAGUGCCACAUCUGUUGAAACGCAAAAGAGGACGACCAAGGAAGAUUGUGAAUGUACCCGUAACAGAGCCUGAGGGGAGACGCGAUCCACAGGAGAACGCAGAAGGGGAGCAGGACAGAGAGGUGGACUGUGAUGUUACGGUUACUGAGUCACGGCCCAAAGACGAUGCAGAUUAUAAGCCAGCAGUCGACCAGAGCCGGCAGAGCAGACGCAAAAUCAGGCCGCCGGUGAAGUUCGAGAGCUACAAGGUGGGGAGUGAGGCAGCAGAAAACAAAGAGCCGGGGAAGAGAGGCAGGAAGAGAAAAUACCCAAUCGCAGAGUCUCCUUGUGAAGAGUGUGGCAAAGUGUUCAAAAACCCUCUUUUCUUAAAGAUUCACCAAAGGACUCAUACAGGAGAGAAGCCUUUUCGAUGCCUGGUAUGUGGGAAGUGUUUCACCCAGAAGAACACUCUGCUCGUUCACCAGCGCAUGCACACUGGAGAGAAGCCGUUUGUCUGUACGAUCUGCUCCAAAGCGCUCUCAACCAAAAACUCCCUGCAAGAGCACAUGAACCUCCAUGAAAAAGAGAAAUCCUUCAGCUGUGAUAAAUGUGGAAAGACCUUCACUCAGAAACGGCAGCUUAAGAGCCAUUACAAAGUUCAUACAGGAAAAUCCUUGCCUGAAUGUGCUCAGUGUCAUCACAAGUUUUUGGACACGGCUCAGUUGAAAAAGCACCUGAGAACUCACACAGGUGAGAAGCCGUUCACCUGUGAGAUUUGUGGGAAGUGUUUCACAGCCAAGAGCACUCUGCAGACUCACAUCAGAAUCCACAGAGGGGAGAAACCGUACGACUGCAACAUCUGCAACAAAUCCUUCUCAGACCCGAGCGCUAGACGCAGACAUGUUGCCUCACACUCAGGGAAGAAACCCUUCACCUGCACCUUCUGCAGCCUCUCGUUCACCCGCCUCGACAACCUGAAAACUCACAACAAAUCACACAGCAAGGAAAGAGUUGCAUCAGCAGAAGCCUCAUCAGACUCCGCAGAAACGGACACGGCGGCGCCACAGGAGGAGGUGCGAAACAUCCUGCAGCUGCAGCCGUACCAGCUGCCUUCCUCCUCGGAACAGGAGAUCCAGCUGGUGGUCACGGCGGACGUGGACGAUAUAAACUUUGUGCCGGGUCAGAACCAGGAGAUCAGCAUCAUCACCACAGAGGGAGAGACGACAGAAUCUGCCCACCCCAGACUAACCCUCCUCACCCAGUCGUCAGGAAACAUUCAGAACAUGUCUCUGGUUACACAAGGUGGUGUUGUGGACCAGAAUCCUCAGAUCCAGACCAUCAGCAUGCUGGAGGGUCAGGUGACGCACCAGCCCGAACAGAUGCACGUUAUCACGCUGAGUAAAGAAGCCAUGGAGCACCUGCAGGCCCAUCACGGCCCCCCGCAGCCCCUUCAGAUCGCACAGAGACCCGUCCAGCAGCUGCAGGUGAUGCAUCAGCCCGUCCAGCAGCUUUCUGUCACUCAGGAGACACCGGGCAGGGAACAGCACAGUCAGGCCAUUCACAUCAGCAGCCAGAGCAGCCAGCCAAUCUCCAUCAGCCAGACGAGCCAGCAGAUCUCCAGCCAUCACAUCCAGGGGCAGACGUUCCAGAUCCAGGCCGGCACCGUGUCCUACCUGUACACCACCGGGCUGCAGGAGAGCUGAGAGACAGCCGGGUGACUGAAGGGUGCCAAAUUCUGUCUGACAAUGCUGCUACAGUCCGGGUUAAUAACACGGUAACUGAUGAACAAGAGUGUCAAGUCUUUAUAGAUCUACAUCAGAGUCUUUAACCUACACCACUGUUUUCCAUUCACGUCAGCGCACCGUCAAAGACGAUGACUUUUUUUUAGCUCCUUUGAUGAGUAUUUUACUAGUUAUAAAAAAGACUGCAAUCAAUACUCAUGUCUAUCUAUGUAUGACCUACAUAACAAGACCAUCCCCAACAAUAGGGCUUUAAUCCACAUUGUUUGUAAUCUCUAAAACUUUCCGAGUAGUAGUCGAGAGGAUUCACAGCAUGCAGAAACAGCAAGAACAGGCACCAAAAUCAACUCAUUUAAAAAGUUCCUCACAGGUUAAGGUUAAGAGUAAUAUUAAAGACCUUUCCCGUUGUCAGCAAAGACUGACUAAGUGAAAUACAAAUUCACUAAAAAAGCUCAAAGAAUCAAAGUGUCUGAAUUGAUGUUCAAAGUCUGGUCCGAAGAUAAAAAGCUGAUAUGUUAGAGCAACAUGAAUUACAUGAUUCUUGUUCUUUUCUUUUACAUAAACAGAGAAAUGCAAAAACAUACUAGAGCCUUAUUUGAAGUUGGUCUUGCAUGGAGAACACUUUGGUCUGACUGCAAACGUUCAUGUCUAUCAUCUAAGAAACCUCUUUUACCUCCUUGAAUAUAGAGAGGAAACUCAAUGUAAACUAAAUGUUACGUACUGUCUCAUGCUCAUGAUUUUCACUCUCUGCUGGACGUGAAUCCAAACCAUGGGUUGGAAUAAUGAAUGAAUGAGUCAGAUACCUAUACUUGAAAAUGGAGUCAGUAUUUGUGAAAAUAGGAGCAUGUGGAUAUUUAUUGAUCAAAUACAUAGUUUUGAUUAAGACAGCACAUUUUCAUAUGAACUGUUAUACAAUCAGGAUUACAUGUGAAAAAAACUUUGUGGUGUGGGACUAUUGACCAAAGCAGUAUGUUGGUGCUGCACUCUUGUCUGUAUACAGAAUAACGACUGUGGAAUCUGAAGUUCUCAAAUAUACUUUGUAAUAAAACCUUUUUCAAAUAAAAAAUCAGCCAAACCAUCA